AUGGAGUAUGUCUCUUCCUCUGACAAUCCAAACAACUAUGAUUGUUUACCUCCUGAGGUUUUGCAACGAGAUCAUGAAACGAAACCGUCUCGCGCUUUAGCAGAGGUACAAGGUGACAGCGUCUGGGUGUCGAGGGGGGAAGAAAGUGAUAAUGCUGGAACUGAAAGCAGCCAACGCUCGCGCAAAAAGCAAAGGGUCGAGACAAACGAGUAUGGAGCGCUAAUCGAUAAGUUACGACAGGAAGUUGCCGAGGUAAAGGAACGGCUGAGUUUGACGAGCAGCAGUCAUUCUAAAAAUGCGGCUUACGAGCUCGGAAAAAAAUGCAUUGAGGCGAAACAAACCGCAUCUAAUAUGAAGAGGAAGCUGGCGGAACAUUCCCACUGGUUACAGCGAGUUAGCAGCUUAAUGGAAACAGCACCACUUCUUGAUUUUGCGCCUGAUGCGUAUGGUGAACAGUCUGAACAGGCGCCAAAAGAUUCUAACUUGCAACAAAGUCUGGAGGUCCUUGACGAGUGGAGAAAAGAUGCGACAAGUAAGCCGCGCCCUCGCUUUCUCUUGAAUGAGCGCCUGCAUGCUGCGCUUAAUGUUACCCAAGACAACGCAUCACGACUGUUGCUUGAUGCAACAAACAAUUUGCAAUCUUUUCAGUUAUCAUUGGAAUUCGAGUCGCAUGGAUGGAAAAUUGCAACGGGAGUUCUCAUGACCGACAACAUUAGCUUUAGUUGCCAUCGUGUGCUUCCUUCUGGCAUGAAUAGUAAGGCUAAAGAUGUCGCUAUGGCAUUUUGGAACUUUGUUGAGCACGAUGAAAUUUUCCGAACGUUCGUGCCACUUGUACAAGACUCGAUUAUCACUCAUCAGGAGACGGAUUGCUCGCUGUCAUGUCGAGUAUUACAACUCUCACCAGAGAUGAAUCAGCAGGCAGUGGCAACUGUUGAGUCGAUCAGUUCGACCCUAGACAAGAAUGGACAAGAGACCUCGUGGCAGAUCUCCAUGGAAGCAGUGCAUGAUCACUACCUAUGCACUUUCGUGGCAGACGCAGUCGGCGAUUUGGUCAUACCGAAGACAGCCCCAUCUGUCAAGCUUGACCUCGGACUUCAAAUGAGCAAACUUAACAUGCACAAUAAGGUUAUUAUAGGUGCACGGGUGACUACAACGGAAGAGGGUGUCGACAUUUUGAUUGUCAGCGCGGCGCGGUUUGACCUCCCAUGCUAUCGAGAUCCAGCAUUUGAUUUGCUCCAGCACUUAGUGUCACACUUGCCUGUGUACGAAGAUCUACAUUUAACACCGCUCAACAGUAAUCAAGCGCCUGACGUACUUACGUAA